AAAUAACACAUGUUCCCCACGUACCGUAUUCUUGAGGCUGUUUUGAUCGAGACCGCGUCAGAAGUGCACCAAGCCAGGGGCACUGCCAACGCAUCGUUCAUGGCGUCCGGAACAAUUGACGAAUGGAUAGGGCUGGAUCAUAGGCUUAUGCAGUCAAUGGUUUAUGGUGUUGGGCUAAGGGGUUCAUGAGUUCAAAAGCUCUGGCCUCACCCACCUCGUCGGGCCAGUAUUUGUUUCCAGAAUAUCUCACAGCGAGACAAGACAAAUCAAGUCAUCGAAACACAGUCAACGCUUGUGCUGCUCGGCGCUUCGCCUUGGGCGAAUAUGCUAAUUAACAUUAGUAGCUAAGCAUUACUGAGUAUCACGACGUCUAUCUUGUCGCUUGGUUUGGAACCACAUUACACCACAUCUGACGUAUACACACCAGAUUCUUGGGCUCAUCAACAUGGCCAGCUUGACUCUUCCUGAUAAGAAUGAAAGCAACUCGGAUUCUUCCAUGUCACUCUCGUCGUCCAUACUUCUUGAAGACCACAGUUCUUCCAUCUUGGACAUUUACGGCCAAGCCAUGGACGUGGAUGAUUAUCAACACCCUUCUCCUCCCACCAUGGAUAUGUCAACAUCCAUGGUUCUCGAGCGCACCGCGGCAAUCAGAACAUUCCCUUUUGAAGCCGACGACUUCUCGAUGAGAGGCUGGACCACUGUUGGCACAUCCUCCUCCGCCUCCUCCGAAACCACAUGCCCCGCUCCGGCGUCCGUGUCCGUGUCCGCCUCCGUCGCUGAUCUCACGGCAUCCGAGCUGCUGCUCCGCCUGGAACUCCAGGAUACCCGGCCUUCAGGCUCGCUUGCCAGUCCCGGUUCGCACGUGGUGCGCGACCGUGCUUGUGAAAUGUCCGUCGGUAGCGAUAGCCUAUUCAGCUACAGCUACACCUUUGUCCAAGAUGAUCAAGGACUUUGCGGAAUCGGAGCGUGGGCUGAUAUUACGACAAGUUCUUUCGUCGCCAAGAACAGGCGAAUCACUCCGCGACAAUGAUAAUUUCAGCAAAAAAAAUAUUUUUUUCAUUUCCUUUUUUGAGUUUGAAAAAUCAAGGAAUGUCUUGGGGCAUGGAUUCCUUGUCUGUUUCCGGCCGGCAGUUUGUCUAUCGUCCUUUGGGCUGCCACGCGCUGAACGGUUCCGCGUUUCAUGUACAGUAUCUCUUAUUCUGCUGUUCAUCUGAACUCAUGCGCGAUGAUGGCAUUUGUUUGCCUAUGCUCUUACGAAAUUCUCCACUCGUGCUUUUGUUACAUCAGUCAUUACUUUGCUCUGAAGAACCUCAGCAGUAACUUGGUUAGUAGGUAGUUAGCUACUGUGUUUCAAGAUGGGAUCAACGAAAGACAAGACAGGAUCGCCACAGCCACAAACAACAGGAAUGCUCACUGACGCAAGGGGCAUGCGAUCAGAUCAUCUAAGUCAGACUAGCUAGAUCGGUUACAUCGACAAGAAUCCAUUACAUUUGACUGGAAACUUGGCCAUGAUCUCCACGGUUAUACUGAGAAAUGUAACACAAGCCCUCCACAAACUUGCAAGGACACGAUCGUCAUGGAGGAAUUUGAGCCAUGUGAUGUUUGCUGCAUUAGUUCUUGAAUGGCCUUAUACAUGUCAUUUAAUUACCGGUGUGCGACAAAUUUCGGGC